CCAUUCAUAGACAUUUCCAUGCAGUGUUGGCGGCCGUGCUAAAGAUGAGUGCUGACAUCAUCAAGCCAUCCGCAAACUAUAAUGAUGAUGUACCUGCUUAUAUAUUAAAUAAUCCUCGGUAUUAUCCAAUAUUCAAGGAUUGCAUUUGGGCUAUUGAUGGGACUCACGUGAGGGCAUCAGUUCGAUCGAAGGACCAACCGAAAUACAUUGGUCGAAAAGGAUAUGCGACACAAAAUAUAAUGGCUGUUUGUGAUUUUAACAUGUGCUUUACAUUCGUAUGGGCUGGAUGGGAGGGUAGUGCACAUGACACCCGAAUCUUCAAUGAAGCCUUACGGAGGCCGGAGCUUAAUUUCCCACAUCCAAUGGGUGGCAAAUAUUACGUUGUUGAUGCCGGAUACCCAAAUAUUAAUGGGUAUCUUGCUCCAUACAAAGGUCAAAGCAUUCGUUAUCAUAUACCAGAAUUUCGACGUGGACAGAGUAGUGCUAUGCGUGCUCCUCGCGGACCAAAAGAGACAUUUAACUAUCACCACUCGUCAUUGCGGAAUAUUAUUGAGCGGACCUUUGGAGUGUGGAAAGCUAGGUGGGCGUUAUUGAGAGAUAUGCAUGUUAAUUACACAUACGAGCACCAAGUGAGUAUUGUGAUAGCAUCGAUGGCGGUCCAUAACUUUAUUAGAAAGACCAGUAGCUUUGAUGAAGCAUUUAACACGGCCCAACAAGAAUCUUACAUUCCUCGUGGUACUAGUAAUGCACUUCAUGAAGAAGUUCCGUCAACAAAUCGUACGAAUGAUGGUUGUACGUAUAUGCAAGCGAGAAGAGAUUGUAUUGCGCUAGAUAUAAUGGAAUCACGGACAUGAGCAUAUUAUGAUAUUAGUGUGUCAUUAUGUGGAUUUUUAUGUUUUUUAUGAAUCGGAAUGUAAUAUUAUUAUGGUCUAAUCAGGAAAUUAUAAAAUAUGUAAUGGAAUUUUAUGUUA